AUGUUUGGUAGAUUAUUUGCCCAUCAAUCUAAGUUGAUUGGAGCUGCUUAAAAAUACUAGCACAGCAAUAUUUAAUUUGCUAACAAGUUUAAUGCUCUCUCCUUCAACCCCUACUAUAAUUUCUGCUUAAGAAAUAUUGGUAUUUCAGCACAUAUCGAUUCUGGUAAAACUACUUUUACUGAAAGAGUUCUUUUCUACGCUGGUAAAAUUAAUGCUAUCCACGAUGUCAAGGGUACCGAUGGUGUAGGUGCUACCAUGGAUUUCAUGGAUCUUGAAAGAGAAAAGGGUAUUACUAUUUAAAGUGCUGCUACACAUUUAAAAUGGGGCAAUACCAGUAUUAACGUUAUUGAUACUCCUGGUCACGUAGAUUUUACUAUUGAAGUAGAAAGAGCUCUUAGAGUGCUCGAUGGUGGUGUCUUACUUCUUUGCGGUGUUGCAGGUGUUCAACCUUAAACACUCACAGUUUUUAAGCAAAUGGUUAGAUAUUAAGUCCCUCGUAUCAUUUUCAUUAACAAGCUUGACAGAAUGGGUGCUAAUCCUUGGGCUGCUAUUGAUAGUGUCAGAAAGAGACUUAACAUCCACGCUGCUGCUGUCUAAAUUCCUAUUGGUAUUGAUCAAAGUUUAAAAGGUUUAGUUGAUAUUGUUGAAAUGAAGGCUAUUAUUUUUGAAGGUGAAAGUGGUGAAAUUUUGAACGUUUAAGAUGUUCCUGCUAAUUUGAUAGAACUUGCUAAAGAAAAAAGACACGAACUUAUUGAAGUCUUAGCUGAAAUCGAUCAUCAAAUCGAAGAAAAGUAUCUCGCUGAAGAAGAACUCACUGCUGAAGAAAUCAAGGCUGCUAUUCGUAGAUAGACUAUUGCCUUGAAAUUCUCCCCUGUUUUCAUGGGAUCUGCAUUCAAGAACAAAGGUGUUUAAUUAGCCUUAGAUGGUGUUAGAGAUUAUUUACCUAAGCCUGAUGAAAGAAAGAACGUUGGAUUUUUAUAAAAAGAAGAUACUCAAGCUGAAGAAAAGAUUGAAUUUAUUCCUGAUCCUAAACUUCCUUUUGUUGGUUAUGCCUUCAAGCUUGAAGAAAGCAAAUUCGGAUAAUUGACUUACGUUAGAGUUUACUAAGGUAAGCUUAAGAGAGGUGAUAAUGUUUAUAAUACUACUGUCAAAAAGAGAAUGAAAAUCUCCAGAAUGAUUAAAAUGCAUGCCAAUUAGAUGGAAGAAAUUAAUGAAGCUGGUCCUGGUGAAAUUUUCGCUAUUUUUGGUGUUGAAUGCGCUACUGGUGAUACCCUUUGCGAAGGUGAUAUGUCUUACACAGCUAGAUGCAGUAGUAUGCACGUCCCAGCUCCAGUCGUUAACUUGAGUAUUAAGCCCAAGGAUAACAAGUCAAGUGCUAAGUUUAAUAAAGCCUUGAAGAAGUUCUCUAGAGAAGAUCCCACCUUCAGAGUUAGCAUUGAUAAAGAAAGUGAAGAAAUUGUUAUUUCUGGUAUGGGUGAAUUGCAUUUACAAAUCUAUGCUGAAAGAAUGAGAAGAGAAUUCGACGUUGAUGUCAUUCUUGGUAAUCCCACUGUCAACUACAGAGAAACUAUCACUUAAAAGGCUCACUUUGAUUAUCUCCAUAAGAAACAAUCUGGUGGUGCUGGUCAAUUUGCCAGAGUUAUCGGUUUUGUUGAACCAAUGGUCAAUCCUGAAGAUCCCCAAGAUUUUAGCUGCUAAUUCGUUAACAAGGUUAUUGGUACCAAUGUUCCUAAUGAAUACGUAACUGCUUGUGAAAAAUCUUUCUACGAUGUUAUUGAUAAGGGUCCUCAAACUGGUUAUCCUGUCGUCAACAUGAAGUUUGUCUUAGAAGAUGGUCAAACUCACGUUGUCGAUUCUUCUUCUAAUGCUUUCAUGAUUGCUACUAAAUAUGCUUUCAACAAGGCCUUCAAUGAUGCUGGUCCUGUUAUUCUUGAACCUUUUAUGAAUGUUGAAGUUACUUGCGCCGCUGCUGAAUAUCAAUCUGUUAUGGCUGCCAUUUCUAAAAGAAGAGGUUUAAUUACUAACACUGAAUCAAGAGGUGAUAUUUUCAUUCUUAAUGCUGACUGUCCUCUUUCUUAAAUGUUCGGUUUUGCUACUGAAUUGAGAGGUUUAACAUCAGGUCAAGGUGAAUUCUCUAUGGAAUACAAGAGUCAUGAACCUAUUGAUCCAUCCCAAGCUGAAGAAGUCAAGAAACAAUAUCAAAUUAGAAGAAAGGAUAAAGGUCAAGAUUGA